CGCGCCCCGUUGGGACACCGUAGGCUGCUGUCCACCAAUAGAAGUGGAACGCCGCCCCGGAAAGCCAACACCUAACACCAAAACGGACUUCAUCGUCGUGUUUGUUGUUGCAUUGUGAGCCAUGUUGUUGACUUCGGGAAAGCUUUCGUUUGUUCGGGGAAUAUCGCCACAUUAACGUGAUCAUGUUUGGACAAACCAUCAAGAAUUUCAACAUAAAUUUCCAAAGGCGGGAUGGGAGUAACGUUUAUUCAAGCGGCGACUUGAUGACUGGAAAGAUUUCCUUCGAACUUACCAAAGAAUGCGUGAUCAAUUCUAUCACGUUGACACUGAAAGGCAAAGCGAAUGUUGCCUGGAGAAAGGGAGGGAAGAAAAGACGUGGCGUAUCUGCAAAAGUUGUAUAUUUCAACUUCAAAAAUGUUAUCAUGAUGAACCGCGAAGCUGCCGUUCAGUCCAAAUUUCCACCUGGAACGCAUGUGUAUCCGUUUACAUGUCAAAUCCCACAAGGGGACUUCCCGUCUUCUUUCAAGGCGUUCGCUGGUCAAAUAGCUUACACUUUGAUAGUGGGUUUCGAUAGGCCAUGGCACCUCACUAAAGAGUUUGAAACUGAGGUCAACUUUGCAAACCGUUGCAAUCUAACCUACGAACUUAUGGCACCUCUCUCCGGCUCCAACAGUAUGACGGUGUGCAGCCUGUGGUGUGCAUCUGGUCCCAUUUCAAUGAAUGUUCGUCUUGAGAGGGCAGCUUUUCUCCCCGGGGAAGAAGUCAAAAUCAUGUGUGAGUUCAGCAACUCAACAUCUCGACCAGCCACCACCAAGGCACGCCUUCUUCAGAAACAGAUGUUCUACACUCUUAACCAUGUCCAACACCGGAAGUUUGAGCAAACUCUGGCGCGGCAGACUGGCCUUGUGGGUCGCCAUAGCCCUGAGGCUCACAGUGAGCUCACAAUCACUAUACCUUCAACCGUGCCUUUCUCAAUCUCCAACUGUGCCAUCUUGGAAGUCAGUUACGUAAUUGAGGUGUGCUUUUCUGUCAAGUACUCCCCUGACCUCACAGUGCUGUGUCCUAUUGUCAUCGGCAAUCUUCUGCAGGACUCUUUAGCUCCACCACCACAUGUGUGAGUAUGAUAGAAACUCAUCUGUUGUGGAUAUAUAUAUAUAUAUAUAUAUAUAUAUAUAUAUAUAUAUAUAUUAUAUUAAGUGCUGGUUAGCCUUUGCCAAUUUGUAUCCACUCAACAUUGAUAUGUAGGUCUAUACUCUAGAAUACUAGAUAAGUUAAUAUUCUCGCAUUCUUGUCCGUGAGAUAUUUUCCCAAACCCUGAAAAAUGAUUUUAUGGUUUGAAUGCUAUUUAUUUGGCCAAGUGAGUGUUGAAGUAGAUAGCCCAGUUGAGUCGACCUCAGAAAGACAUUUUCAAAUUCCUGCUUUGCAUGGAAUGACCAUGUUUACAUCCGGGACUUUUGUGUAUCUUAAACCUUGUCAAUGUGCUGGAUAGGCCUGAAUGGCUUAACAAAUGUUUUCGUUGACACCCAAUUACCGAUGACAGGGUUAAGCACAAUUUUAUGUUAAUGAAUUCGAUAUUCUUUGUAAUUAUCUGUGUUACAAUGCAGUAUUACAAUUGAAUUAGUCCUUCCUUUUGUUACUGAAGUAGAAUGUUGAUAUCUAUCUCUUCUGUUCUAUUCCUCCUAUUUCAUAAAUGUUCUUUAACAUUAAAUAUUACACCAAUUAAUGCUAUCAACAUUCAAACCAAUCUUUCUGGAAAAAGGCCUGACUGAAUUCCAUGGCCAAACAUCCGAGAUUUCUGUUUCCCAACCAUAUUUUAGCUCUCACUGCCGUUACAAGUUAUCGUCAAAGUUGUGACUUUUUAAAGAUAAAUGUAAAAACUCUGGCAGAUUUUCCUGAGGUUAGCAUUUACCUUUCCUUCUCUACUUUGCCAUAACUCUGCCUCCUUGAAUGUCAAAAUGUGUCAAGACCAAAUAGUUGUGCAGGUAGGAAUCAAGUUUUAUGUUUUAAUUAAUCAAUCAUGUUUUAACCCCUCAUCAUGGUAAAUUAAAUCAAAUACUACAGACACUAAGUGUCCCGCAAGGAAUCAUUUUUCGUCAACUAGCCUUAACAAUUUGCAUCCCAAUAAUGUUGAAGGGUAACAGAUUUGACAUGAUGUGCUACGUUUUCUGAGCUUUCUAAUCAAUGUUCAAUAUAUUUCAGAGGGGACAGUGAGUUAUAGCUUAUAAGUUAAGUUACGAGGCCAGCUGUUGUAUUCCUGUAUCCGGACAACAAAGUUGAAAUUCUUCAAUACAGCUUUAUUAGGAUGCUUUUUGAAACGUGUCUCCGAGUGCAUUCUAGCUAUUAAAUCCUGUAUAAUACAAGCCUAGACAGUACUCAACCUUAAAUACAACUUUACGAAUUCUAUAAUUUGCUUUUUUUGUUCAGUGCUAAAGCCAGUGGAGAUGUUUAUUUUUGUUCAUUGUGGCUCUUUCACCAGGUAUUUGCCAAAGAUUUAUUUUCAGGUUUAUUCCCUGUUUCGAACCAUUGUCAUACCAACAUUUCUUUGUACUCUUUCUUCUUUUUAUUGCGACAAUCUGCAACCAUAUUUAUGUCUAUAUAUAUAUUGAAUAUAUACAGUAAAUCUUUUUAUUAAAAAUGUCAAACUUCUUUGUUUUGGACUUCUUUUAAUGCAUUGGGGUUUGGUUGUACAGAUGCUAUAAAUAUGUCUAU